AUGAAGAUCUUGUGGGAUCCUAUAGAAAGUUUUAUUGGCGGAAACUUUAUGGUAUUUUAUAGAUUUGACAAACAGAAUUGGAAGCAGUGUGCCCAGUAUGUCCAUGAUCGUGGAUACAAAACUGGUUGUAUUUUUAAAAUUGAAGGACGUGAAUUUGAUAUUUCUAUCAGAGAUACAAAUGGGACAAAGGAAUUUUACCAGGAUUUUAAACAGGAGAGCAUGAAAUUCUUGAAGCCCAAAUCUCCUCAAAAUGUAACUUUCCUCUGGAAACAUGACAAAGUGAUCAUAGAAUAUAAGCCACCUUUUCUUCCAAAUUGUUUUAAAUUGGAAUUUCAGUACAAGAGUGAACUUGAUGAAGAUUGGUUUAGGAAAAAUGAAAGCUGCAAGUUUGAAAUACAAGGUUUGGAUCCAGAGAAGUGCUAUUCCUUCCAGUUUAGAGCAAGAUUCUCCUGCAGUAGUUCUCCUUACUCAAGUGAAUGGGGACCAAACAUUCAUUGGAAAAAUGGCAGUUCUAUAGAUUCCUGUGAAGCUGAUGACUUCAAUCCAGAUUUAAAUAUUAUUCUCCAAUCAAGUUUGGUGAUGGCUGGCCUCCUAAUCAUGACGGCCAUUCUGCUUUAUAUCUGCAGACUGAAGAAAAUUAGAAAAACUUUAAUGCCAGAUAUACCAGAUCCUAAAAAUGUAUAUUCUGAUUUAUUCAGGAAUCAUAAUGGAAACUUCCAGGAGUGGGUUAAUAAAACUGAGAAUGUGCUGCCUGAAACACAGUUAGAAUGUAUAGAAAAAGAAUGUAUAAUUGAAGAGGAAAAAGAGGAAGAACUCCAACAAGCUAAAAUGGAAGCCAAAGCGGGGCCACCAGAACGUACGAGAGACCAGGUGCAAUGUCUUGAAAAGGCCAAAAUGUCCCGCUUCUGGAGUGUCAUGACACUGGGAGAGAACCAGUCCACAGAGGGGCCCUGCGGGCACAUAGAACCAGUCCCGAUACCUCAAAAGGUCCUCAUCAAAGGUCCAUGGGGAAGCCGGGCCUACUUCCGCCUUUCAUUGCUCCACCUACUCGUCUCCCCACUGCUCAUUCCGUAUCAGAGACCGUACGUCCACGGGUUCAUGAACUGCAGCAAAGGAUUUGACGGGUAG